AUGGCUACAUUACCAAUGGAUGUCGACGAUGAAGAAGAAAUGCCCAGUGUUAGCACAAAUAAAUUGGAAAAAAAAAGAUUUGAAGUAAAAAAGUGGAAUGCUGUAGCACUUUGGGCUUGGGAUAUUGUAGUGGACAAUUGCGCAAUUUGUCGGAAUCAUAUUAUGGAUUUAUGUAUAGAAUGUCAAGCAAAUCAAGCUUCAGCAACAUCUGAAGAAUGUACCGUUGCUUGGGGGUUAUGUAAUCAUGCUUUUCAUUUUCAUUGCAUUUCAAGAUGGCUAAAAACUAGACAAGUUUGUCCUUUGGAUAAUAGAGAAUGGGAAUUUCAGAAAUAUGGCCACUAA